UAUGGCUACCAUGGAGUCAUGGCUACAACUUUAAUAUUUGUACUCAUGCAGAAAUGUAACGUUUUACGUCAUUCUCCGUUCUACAGUCGCGUCUAACUAUCGUUUUUUGCUUGUACAAAUUGGGAACACCCUGGCAAGGAGAUCAUCUCGACGUGUUUAGCGUAAAUAAAGUAGCCGAUUGCUCGAAAUUGCAGCUUGCUCCGCGAGCUGAUCGAAAUCGUCAGGAUUGAAAGAUUGAAAGCGAAAUCUGCUUUCGGGUUUCCCUCAUUCGGGGAUAUUUUGGGCUUUAUGUUAUUUCCCCGAAUGUGGCCAGGGCUCGGCUCCUGUCAUCACCUCGCAGGAGCUCAGAUAGCGGUCGUUAUGGCUUGUUUUCGGAUGAGGGAUGUAACGUUAACCCGCGAGGAUUUGGCGAUGUGGGAUGAAGCCGAAUAAAGAAAAGUGAUCCGCUCAAACCGAAGGAAAGCGGGUGGUUUCUGCCUAUGGAUUAAACAUUGUAGACUUAAAAAGUGGAUUUUACUGGAAUACGUGUACAGUAUCGUGGAAGAUAUCGCUUUGUCACGCUGGCUUAUUUUCCUGAGGAAUAGUGGCGUAUUCCUCCCCAACCCCCAGCGCCAAAAAACACAUAACAAAAGUACUACAUGUCACGUAUAUGACGGUUCUUGUCAUGAAGGAAAUAAAUAAAAAUUGCUAGGGUCGAAGAGAAUGUCAUCAGAGGAGAAAAGUCUAGACCCCUCUGACAAAGGACCCUCGCCACCUCCUAACAGCUCUGGGGCCACUCCCACUGGAAGUCCGGCCCCUACAGAUAAGCGGCCCCGGGGCCGCCCUCGUAAGGACGCGUUAUCCACGGCAACACCGCUUCAGUCUGUGCCUAGACAGAGAAAGAAGAAUCGGGGGCGAGGAAAAGCUCUGGUGGAGGAUGAAGACAGCACAGAUGGAAUGGAGACCGCAGAAACAGGAAGCACACAGGAGACAGUCACUAAAGGGGAGCAGGAGGAGACAGCGGACGCCUCUGCCGUGGCAGUUUCAGCAGAGGGGGAGGAAGAGGAGCAGUCAUCAUCCCCUCUUCCUGCGAGCCCUGAGACGGGGGCGGCACAAACAUCAUCAGCCUCUGGAGAAGCUAAAAGCAGCGAACAGCUCUGUGCCUUCUGUUACUGUGCUGGUCGAAGCCUGUUGGGUCAGGGGGAUCUGAAGCCAUUCAGGGUCACACCCGGAUAUGACCCUCCACUCCCACAAUCCUCCACAGAGGAGGGCCACGACUGUGACGACAAGAAUGGGGCUGCCAGCCAAUCAGGGAGGCAGAGGGGCCCAGAGAGUGUCGGGGCCGAGGAAGGAGGAGGCAGAUUCUGGGAGGAGCUUCGUCACGUCGGUCUGCCGGACGACAUCGAUGUCCGAAAACUCUUUGAUGAGUCGGGUCAGUGCUGGGCUCAUCAAAGCUGCGCGUUGUGGUCAAAUUUUGUGUGUCAAGCGGAGGAUCAAUCACUGCUAAAUGUGGACAAAGCCAUCCACUCAGGGAGCACAGAGCACUGUGCAUAUUGUAAGCGCCUUGGAGCAUCCAUCAAGUGCUGUGAGGAGGGGUGUGAUCGCUCGUACCAUUACCCCUGCGCGGGGGCCGCUGGCACCUUUCAGGACUUCAGGAGGCGCUCUGUCCUGUGCACAGAGCACAUUGAGCUUGCCGUCAGCAAAUAUGAAGAAGAGGCGAACUGUAUAUUGUGCGACAGCCCCGGGGAUCUCCUGGACCAGCUUUUUUGCACCAGCUGUGGGUUGCACUACCAUGGCAUGUGUCUGGACAUCAGCGUCACUCCUCUGAAGAGGGCAGGCUGGCAGUGCCCUGAGUGCAAAGUCUGUCAGACAUGCAAGGAGCCUGGAGAGGACACUAAAAUGCUAGUGUGCGAUAUGUGCGACAAAGGCUAUCACACUUUCUGCUUGCAGCCGGCUAUGGACUCUAUCCCCAUCAAUGGCUGGAGGUGUAAGAACUGCCGGGUGUGUGUUCAGUGUGGCAUCCGGAGCAGUGAACAAUGGCACCACAACAGCCUUCUGUGCCAAACCUGUGGCGAUCAACAGGACACCACCGUCCCCUGCUCAUGUCCCAGCGACAUAGAUCCUGAUGUCCACAAAGAGCAAUUUUCUUGCCAUCAAUGCAAAAGGUGGUUUCACCCACAGUGUGAACGACCAGGUGAAGGUCACACACAUCCACAGUCCAAAGAUGAUCACAUAUGCUCCAUCUGUAGAAACGCCGGCUCUGAAUCAGAUCCUGUGCGUACGGAUGCAGAAGGAAUAAAGGCGGAGAUUCAAUCACAUGUGGAUGUUGAAGAAAACGCACAGCCAGUUCCAACAAAAAACGAUUCUGAGCCUGCCGAAGUUCAAGACGUAGAACCUCAUCAGCCUGUCAGCGAGAGGCAGAGUGUAGAGCAGCAAAUAGAGGAGAAACAAAUGACGGAAAUUGUGGCAGACGCUAGUGAUGAUUUAGCCAAGCCAGAGUGCAGCGAGACCUCAGACCACGGCCUGGAAACUGAGCGGACUUCAGUUACAUCUCCUCAGGAGACAAAAGGUCCUGAAGAUUCAGAGCCGCUUAAGCAGGAGCUGGUUUCAUCUCCAGAGACAUCCACAGUACAGCAGCUUGUGUUUGAAGCAGAGGAUCCUUCAGAGACGUCAUCUACACUCACCGAAAACAUCUCCCAAAAUGAGGAUGACAGCAAGCCCUGCCUGGAGGAGCAGAGAACCAACCUAUCACCAGCCAAAGAGCCAACUCCAGCCUGUACGGCCCAUGAGGAAGAACCCAUGGAGGUUUCCUUCACAGAGGAACCUUCCACAGUGGCUCGUGGAGUUACUGUAGAGCCUGAGGUUAGUACUGCUGAGACUACACCAGGAGUUCAGAGCCAGGAGGAAGGGGAUGUUAUGGUGCAGCAGCGCAGAAUUAUUUCUGAGAGCCGCAUGCAGGAAGUGGACAUCACUAUAGAUGGUGAUGAGCAAUGUUUGGCCAAGCUGAGUUCUCUGGUGGAGGAGAGGACAUCGUUACAGCAGCCUCCAUGCAGGCAGCCUGAGGGUUUGCCCUCAGUUGGGCAUGGGGCGUCCCAGCUCCAGCUCCAUGCUGUCUCAGGACAAGCCAUCAGCAAUGUGCCUUCAUCCACCUUCAUCCCAUUCACUCCAAAAAUCGGCAUGGGCAAGCCGGCCAUCUCUAAGAGGAAGUUUUCACCUGGAAGACCCAGAGUCAAGCAGGGAGCAUGGAGCGCCUCCCACAGACCGAGCUCCCCCUCAUGGUCCCUUGACCCGACUGAGGGCUGGGACGGGCCAAAGAGCAGGCAGCCCCACAGCACGGCCGCCUGGAUAAUCCGUGUGGGCGGGGGAUCUGGCUUCCCCAGCAGGAGACGGCCCCGGGGCUCGGGUGUCACGGGUCGGGGGGGACGUGGCCGGGCCAGAAUGAAGAAUGGAGUCCCUCCAAUCCCAACACCAGGAAUAAACCUCAUGGAACCCAUUUGCACAUUUAAGGAAGAGGAAGAAAACGCCUUGCACAAUACAGUAGUGAUUUUCUCUAGUACAGACACGUUCACUAUGAAGCAGGAUAUGUGUGUGGUUUGUGGGAGUUUUGGACAGGGUGUGGAGGGUCGACUCUUGGCCUGUGCUCAGUGUGGACAGUGUUACCACCCCUUCUGUGUCAACAUAAAGAUCACUAAGGUGGUGCUGAGAAAAGGCUGGCGGUGUUUGGAGUGCACCGUGUGCGAGGCGUGCGGUCAGGCCAGCGAUCCCGGCCGUCUGCUGCUCUGUGACGACUGUGACAUCAGCUACCACACAUACUGCUUAGACCCGCCCCUGCAGAACGUGCCCAAUGGGAGCUGGAAAUGCAAAUGGUGUGUGUCCUGUACGCAGUGCGGAGCCACGUCUGCGGGUCUGAGCUGUGAGUGGCAGAAAAAUUACACUCAGUGUGCCCCUUGCGCCAGCCUGGCAUCAUGCCCGCUGUGCCAGCAGGACUACAGCGAGGAGGAGGUCAUCCUGCAGUGCCGCCAGUGUGACAGGUGGAUGCAUGCCUCGUGUCAGGGAAUCCUCUCAGAGGAGGAGGUGGAGAAGAUUGCAGACACCAGCUUUGACUGCAGUCUGUGCCAAGGACACCCCCCCAUCUCUCCCGCGCCUGGCACGCCGGCCAAGUCUUGUCUGGAUUUAGUCGAGUCUGUUUUCAUCCCACAGAGAGUCACAAAAACAAGAGAUCCUGAGCUGACGAGGACGUACACCCAGGACGGUGUUUGUCUCACAGAGACUGGUUUGUCUCAGCUCCAGAGUCUCGCCAAUGCAGCCUCGCGGCGGAGACGCUCCAAACCCAAACUCAAGCUGAAGAUCAUAAACCAGAACAGUGUGGCCGUGCUGCAGACGCCUCCAGACCCACAGACUGAACUCUCCAGAGACGGAGACCUGGACGACACCAAAAAAGAAGGGGAGAUGGUGGACGCUGAGGGAAAGUCAGACUCCAGCCCGGAGAGAGAGGCAGCAGCAGAAGAUGACUCUAAAGACACAGAUCCCUGCAAGAAGAGGAAGAGGAAGCCCUACCGCCCGGGUAUUGGAGGAUUCAUGGUCAGACAGAGGAACCGGAUGGGUCCGGGCAGAACCAAACAGGCCUUGUUCAGGAAGGACUCCACUGGCUCUGAGACCCUGCAAGGCAAAGAUGAGAGCUGGGGUGACCAAGCGCCUGACACUCCAAUUGAUGAAAAACCUCCUUUGUCUGAUUUUCCCGACAAUCCUGAGGUUAAAAUACGGAAACGCUACAGGAAAAAAAAGACCAAACUGGAGGAGGCUUUCCCUACUUACCUACAGGAGGCCUUCUUUGGGAAAGACCUGCUGGAUAAGAGCAAACAGAGCAGACAGGAAACCACGCGGCUACUAGAGGAUGAGCGAGAAAGGAAACAGCUUUCGGCCAAUCAGAUGAAGCCACUGUCGAACAUGUCACUCAAUGCAUCAGCAGCACUGCUGCCCAGUAAAUCAGUAGCAGCACAGAAUUCUGUGGAGCCUCUAGUGGACCUUUCCGAAGAGCUGAAAUCAGACACAGAGCUGCUGGGAAUGUUUUCAGAUAACAAGCAAACAGAGGAGUCUGGUCUUGAUUUUUGCCCUUUCCAAGUUGAGUACUCUCCUUCACCAUUUGGUCUGGACAUUGCUCCUUUAACAGAGGACGCAUCUGUUUCAUCUCAAACUCAUCUAGGCCGAACUCACCCCCGUCAGGUGCCCGAGGAGCCACUGGAUGGCAUCCUCAGCCCUGAACUGGACAAGAUGGUCACGGAUGAAUCAAUACUCAGCAGACUCUACAAAAUACCAGAGCUUGGUGGGAAGGAUGUGGAGGAUCUCUUUACAGCUGUCCUGAGCCCUAGCACCAGCCAACCUCCUCAGAUGCCUCAACAGAUCCAGGGAACUCAAACCCUGCAAGGUCCUGCAGGCCCUGGUUUACAUUCAUCCCAACCCAGCUCAGGAAUGUCUUCACGAAUGCCAGUGAUGAACGGUUUGAUGGAACCCAAACUGCAGUUUUCACAGUCCCAAAUUGGUCCUGGAACAGAGCCUGAUACGGCUCGAAAUAUCCCAUCAAUGCAGCGCAUGCCUUUCUCAGACAAUCUUAGGGACAGGAAGUUCAAUCUGAUGCAGGAGACUGCUGGUCCGUGGUCCGCUACAGGGUCAGCUUCUGCCUCUGCUCCAGCUGCUGUCUCUGAGGUGGAGGGAGACUCCAUGUCCACAGCACAGAAAAGCACUCUGAAGUGGGAGAAAGAGGAAAUGCUUGGAGAACUUGCCACUGUUGCACCAGUCCUAUACACUAAUGUCAACUUCCCAAACCUCAAGGAGGAAUAUCCAGAUUGGUCAACGCGAGUGAAACAAAUUGCAAAACUGUGGAGAAAAGCAAGUUCACAGGACCGGGCUCCGUAUGUGCAAAAGGCCAGAGAUAACAGGGCAGCCCUGCGCAUUAACAAAGUUCAAAUGUCCAACGAGACCAUUAAGAGGCAGCCGCCUCAGCCACAGCAGCCUUUAGAAGUCUUUGAUCCUGCUAUUCCACCACUGGACCCAGAAUUACUGUUCAAAGAUCCACUGAAGCACAAGGAAUCAGAGCAUGAACAAGAAUGGAAGUAUAGACAGCAAAUGAGACAGAAAAGUAAGCAGCAAGCUAAGAUUGAAGCUACACAGAAACUCGAGCAGGUGAAGAAUGAACAACUUCAACAGCAGCAGCAGCAACAGCUCCCGUCAAUCAGCCAAUAUGAGCAUGACUCUUCCAGUAACCUGAAGAGUCCAGUGUCUGUGCAUUCCAACGAUGGGAAUAUGUCUCCCAAGCAACCCAGUUCAAAAAAUGGGGUUUCAAAUUCACAGCUGCCUGGCACGCCCACAUGUUCCCCAGAUGAUGUCUUUUUGCGCCCUCAUCCACCACCCCCAUCUUCAGGAUCUCAGCCACAGAGCCCUCAGAUGUUCUCCCCAAGCUCUUCUGGCUCUAGACCAUCCUCACCCUGGGAUCCCUACACCAAAAUGGUAGGCACCCCCAGACCACCAACUAUUGGACAGGGAACUCCAUGCCGUAGCUCAGACUCAGGGAACUCUCCCAGAGGUCUUUCAGAGCCAGUUGGCUCUCCAACAGCCAUAUGUAAUGACCCCUAUGCCAAGCCCCCAGACACCCCAAGACCAGCAGGAGCUAUAGACCCUUUUCUCAAACCUAUGUGCCCUCCCAGAGCUAGUCAGAAUUUGGAAGGGAGGCAUCUUAUUGGCUCCCCAGGCCAUGAUCCAUUCUCUAGGGUGUCUGUGAGAAAGGAAGCCUAUCAGAGGAUGCCUCAGGGCAGGAUGAUACUCUCAGACCCAUAUGCUCGUCCUUUACUCACACCUAUCCCAGGGAGCAAUGAAUCUGGGUCCGUCCAGGUCUUUAAAACCCCUAUGCCACCCCCUCAGACUCAGGAACAAUAUGCAGGUAUGCAUGCCCGGAGAGCAAAUGGGGAUCCCUUCGAAAGACCAAUGAUGCCCCCUCGUUCCUCUGAGGGAUUCUCGCAGAAUCAACAGAAUGAUCCUUAUGCUCAGCCUCCGCUCACUCCUCGACCUGCAGUUAGUGAUGGCUAUGCAAAUCAAAGGGUUUCACGACAGCCCCAAACCCUCGCUUUUUCUCAGCCUAGGCCAAUGGCACGCCAGCCUUCCUGUAAUCCAUAUGGUCGAGCCCCCUCCACCCCUCGACCAGACUAUUCCCAGUGUGACUAUGGACAACAACCUGCUACACCAAGACCUUUGAGUGACCCUUUUACUCAGUCUCCAUUUUCUAACCCAUACACCAGAAUGCCAGGCAAACCUAGACCACAUGACCCUGAACCGUACUCCCAGCAGCCUGUAUCUCGCCAUCCGGUCAUGAUGAAUCAGCCCUCUCAGCAGCAGACUCAAAACCGCAUAAUGUCCCCUAUGUCAAUGGACCUUUACGCACAAUCCCCUGGUACCCCACGCUCAGGAAUGGCAGAUAGGUUUCCCAAGUCUCCAAGUCACCAAAGGACUCCUGAUCCUUUUAAUCAACCUCCCGGACUACCACGGUCUGCUGGGCCUGAUCCUCAUUCACAGUCAGUGAGAAGGUCCCAGUCAUUACCUAAUGAUUCAUGUGCACAUCCCCCACGAACACCUCAGUCUGGAGGCGUCGGACAGGGCUUUGGACCUGGGCCCAUGUCUAAUCAAGAUCCAUUCUCUCCUUCUCAAGUCUUGAUGUUAGACACAUUUGCCAGUCCAACAAAACAUGGACCUCAGCCUCUCAAACAUCUGGGCAUGACAGAUGAAACCGGAUCUCAGCUGCUAUCCGGUAGACCCAAUCAAACUCCCAUUCAUGACCCUUUUGAGCAGGCCCCCAUGCUUCCACAUCCUCAGUGUGGACACAACAAAGAACAACAAGGUUUUGUACAGAGUAUCAGUUCCCACACAAUGGUCCAGCCCAGCUCUGAAGCUCAAACGGUACCACUUGCAGAAGCUGAGGAAAGACUCAGACAGCGUCAGCGUAUUCGAGAGUUGAUCCUCAAACAGCAACAGCAGAAAAGUGCCAUACGUCAAGACAAGAGAGUACAGGAUCAUCCUCUGAACAUGCUUCCAGGAACCCCUCAGCACUGGAGUCAGGAGUCUACAGGCCAACAGAGUGAAAUGUUUAAUCGCCCGCCACCACCAUAUCCUGGUCCAGGAGCUGUAAGACCCCCUCAGAGAUUCCAUGGGCCAUUCCCAGGAGAUCAGCAGGGACAUUUCCCUGAAGGCCAGUUUCCUAGACUACAGUUUCCUGGGGAUGCUGACUCAAAUAUAAGGCAGAUUGGGCCAAGGAUGCCCAUCACUCCUAAUAACCAAGGUCCUCUGGUAGCUCCAAGGCCUCAUCAGAUGCAGGACCCAAUAAUUGAAGUUCAUCCACAGAUGAAAAGAUCCAUGUCUAUGGAUUUUGGAAAAACAAUAGGCAACCCUUUAGUAACCUCACAUUUGCCUCCUCGUGACCUGCACAUGCAACAGCACAACAUCAUGGGGCAGCCUUUUAUAGAACUGAGACACCGAGUGCCAGAUAGCAGACUGCGGCUUCCCUUUGGAACUCUUACUAUGCAGGGAAAUCGAAUGGAAUUGCCCUCACAGCAACGACCCCUAAGUUUCAUGGAUGGCCAAGAAAUGGGAUUCCCCUUCAGUCAGAUUCCAAAGCCAAUGGACACAACAAUGAAUCAGUCUCAGGUAGCUAAUACGCAGAUGCAGGCAUCUCUCAGCUUGGGAAAUUUACAGCAGGCCAAUAUUCCCAUGAAAGUUGGACAUCUACAAAUCCCCCUGACAAGGUCUAUAAGCCAACCUGCUUCCAACGAGACUCUCAGUGCUCUACAUAUUGCUGCUACAUCUGCUGUUCAAAAUGAUGAGGUCCCUUUAUCCACAAAUGAAGUACCUGAGGAGAAAAUCGAUACUGAUGAAUCUGCUGUGAAGGACCUUGAAGAUGUUGAGGUGAAGGACCUUGUCGAUGCUGACUUGGAGAACCUAAAUCUCGAUCCAGAUGAUGGAAAGGACUUGGAUCUUGAAACAAAUGACCUGCAUCUAGAUGACUUCUUAACAUCUGGAAAAUUUGAUAUAAUUGCUUAUGCUGUUGCUGAUUUAGAUCUUAGCGAGGACCUGGAUCUUAGUGAUCCAAUAGAAGACCACACUGAGACAUCUGAUUUCCAAAAGACAAAAGCAGAGAAAAAGACUGAUAGUUUUGAUGGCUCAUCACCAUCAUGCUCUACAUCGACAGCGAAGGAAGUGGUAGACAAGAUCACUCAGUCUCAAGCUCAAAGCGUUCCCCAGGAUCAGGUGCUGGUUUCUUUGAAAACAGAGGAGGAUAGCAAAAAUGGAAUUAAAGAUUGCUUGUCCCAAGACACCUCUUGUAAGAAUCAGGUAAAUGAUGGUGCUGCCAUUAAUCAAGCUGGCUUUGAAAAUGACAUUGAUGCCAGUUUACAAGUAUCAAAGUCUGGAAUUCACUCCGAUGCUACUCCGGUACUUUCAAGCAUGCUGGUCAAUGUACCACUAGAAGGUGAAUCACAGAAGCAUGAACACUGUGGACAGUCAGCGGCACAAAGCAACCCUCCAAAUCAAGAAGCUACCAUCUCACUGAGUAGCACUAUGCUGGGGCAAGGAAACUUCUCAGUGCAGGGGAGGGAUACUAGCGUCAGUAUUGACCAAUCGUUGGUGUCUUCUCAUGGUGAAAGUGCAUUAGAAGUCCCAGGCUCCAUACAGGAACAGCAGCAAAGCCAUAUUUUUGGUUUGGAUCAAAAGGAUGCUGUACUCUCAGGGGAACAACACAGUAUUCUUACUCAACAGGCAAUGCUGUCACAGCAAGACCAUCAGAACAGACCACUGCUUCUGGAAGAGCAGCCACUUCUUCUUCAAGACCUCCUGGAUCAGGAGAGACAGGAGCAGCAGCAGCAGAAGCAAAUGCAAGCUAUUAUAAGACAUCGUUCUAGCGAGUCUUUCUUCCCCAACAUAGAUUUUGAUGCUAUCACAGACCCUAUAAUGAAGGCAAAGAUGGUUGCAUUGAAAGGAAUCAAUAAAAUGAUGGUCCAGAACAACAUGGGAAUGUCUCCUAUGGUCAUGAACAAUGUCCAGACAGAGCAGGCGUUACCAGGCCCCGAUGGAGAUAUAACUCCAAUGCAGUUGGCUGGACAGGAUGACAAACUUGCUCCUCAUAUGGCACGACCCAAUCCCCCAAAUUUUGGGACAGGAUUUGCCCAUGAUGCACAGAAGGUUCAGCAUGAGGACUGGCUCAGGGAAACCCAGCAGCUGCUUCAGAUGCAGCAGAAGUUUUUGGAGGGGCAGAUUGGGGCCCACAGAAAGUCAAAAAAGGCCCUGUCAGCCAAGCAGAGAACUGCCAAGAAAGCAGGGCGAGAGUUUCCUGAGGAGGACGCAGAGCAGCUGAAACAUGUGACAGAACAGCAGGGGGUGGUGCAGAAACAGCUGGAACAGAUUCGCAAACAGCAGAAGGAGCAUGCAGAGCUGAUAGAGGAGUACAGGGUUAAACAGCAGCAACAAGGUGUCAUGCAGCCUGCAAUGAUGCAUGGAAUGCCACCAAUGCAGCCUCAUGCUGGUAUGAUGCCAGUUGGGCCCCCAAUGAACCAACCUAUGAUGGGUCCCAUGAUGCCCAUUCGUCUCCACCCUGGCCAACCAGAUGCAGCUAAUGUGACCAACACAGCAGGUUGGCACCCUGCUGCACCUGUUCCCAGUGGAGGACCUCAAAUGCCAGGAGUAAUGCCCGCUCAGGUAGUGCAGGCACAGCCUCCUCAGCCAUCAGUGGCUAAGCCCAGUCAGGGGCAGGCAGGGGGUGAGUCUUCUCAUGUGAAUUUCGACGAUACCAACCCAUUUAGCGAAGGCUUCCAGGAACGUGAGCGUAAAGAGCGUUUACGGGAGCAGCAGGAGAGGCAAAGGGUGCAGCUCAUGAAGGAGGUGGAAAGGCAGCGGGUAAAACAAUGCAUGGAGCAGCAGCAAGUCCCUAACUGCCAAGAUGGCACCAUGAGGGCCUUGUCCCAAAUGCCUUUUUAUAACCAGGAGCUACCACAGGACUUCAUGCAGCCACCCAGAAUGCAGCAGCAGAUGCAAUGUCCACCAUUUCCAAAGCAGCAAGGCAUGCAACCAGGGUUCGUUGGAAGACCUUCCAGACCAAUGAUGGUUAACGGACCAUUCCCUCAGGAAAUGGGACCAGGGUUUGUUUCUGAGAACCUAGCACCCCAUGGGCCUAACUUUGUCCAAGCACAAGCUAGACCUCUGAGAUAUCCUGGGCCAAAUAUGAUGCCUCAGAAUACAACUCAAGGGCAUCAGUUUCCAAACUUUCCAGGUCCCGGUCCAUCACUUAUUCAGCUGUACUCCAACAUCAUUCCAGAGGAGAAGGCCAAGAAGAAAAGGAACCGCAAGAAGAAGAAAGAUGAUGACUGUGAGUCUCUGAGAGCUCCUUCCACACCUCACUCAGACCUGACAGCCCCGUUAACACCCUGCGUCUCAGAUACAUCAUCCACACCAACAAGGAACCCAAUGGUCUUUGGCGACAAUGAGUUCUGCGAAACGUCCCAGCCUGGAUCGUCUACACCAGGCUCCAUGAGCAGCCAGCCCCACUCUGAGCUGGAGCGCCAGCUCUCUGAAGGCAGCUGCGGUGGAGGGCCAGAGAUGGCCAUGACCCAACAGGAAAUGCAUGACAGGAUCCUGUCCAACAUCAAAUUGGAGAAGGUGGAGGCGAGUGACUGCCAAGGGCAUAAGGGAAUGGAGAUGGAAAUGGGACUAGGCAUGGUCAAGGUAGAGGGAGAGAGGGAAGGAAUGUUUCCUCAUCCUGCGAGCCAAAGUCCAGCCAACAGCUCCAAAUGCGAAGCUGGGAAUGAGCUCCUCAAACACCUCCUGAAGAAUAAGAGGACUCCACCUCCUGCACUGCCCCACCAGAGGUCUGAAGACAGUUUGAGGCCAGAGGAAGAGGGAUCCAUGGACUACAAAGCUUUUCUGCGACAGAGCUCCAUGGACAGCACUGGGACAUUUUCGGAUUCAAACCACCCUGAUUUCCCUGGGCCAUUACAUCCAGAGGACAAGAAGAAACAGAGGAACAAGAGGGCACCCAAGAGUGGAGACAGACCUGCUCCCCGUUGUAAAAAGCGGAAGAAAGAAGAGGAUGGGAAUCAAGCAGUGUAUUCUUCUACUGAGCCAGUAAUGACCCAGUUAAAACAACAGCAGGUUUCUCUCUUGCCCCUAAUGGAGCCUCUUGUGGGGGUGAACUUUGCCCAUUUCGUGCCCUAUGGGGGCGGCCAGCUGGACGGAGAGAGCCGUCUCUCGGGCACAUUUGGGAGCGCCUCAUUGGACGGUGUCUCUGACUAUUACUCCCAGCUGAUUUAUAAGCAGAAUAAUUUGAGUAACCCUCCCACGCCUCCCGCCUCUCUUCCCCCGACUCCUCCUCCAGUGGCGCGCCAGAAGUUACUCAAUGGCUUUGCCACAACAGAGGAGCUUGCCAGCAAAGUCACCAAAGGGCUGCUUUCUCGACCGCUGCAGUUUAAGGCUGAGGAGGAGCUGCUGGCUCGAGCUCUGGCUCAGGGGCCCAAAACUGUGAAUGUGCCGGCUUCUCUUCCCACCCCGCCUCAUAACAACCAGGAAGAGCUCAGGGGACAGGAGCACUGUGAAGACAGAGACACCCCGGACAGCUUUGUCCCGUCGUCCUCCCCAGAGAGUGUCGUUGGCAUGGAGAUCAGCCGCUAUCCUGAUCUCUCAUUGGUCAAGGAGGAGCCUCCUUCUCCAGCCCUGUCUCCAGUAAUUCCAAUCUUUCCUGUCUUUAGAGGCCAAGGCUCAGAGGUCAGGUUACGAGAGGUCAAGACGGAGCCUUCAUCAGUGUUCUUCGGCUCUCCAUUUAGAUCAGUGCAGAAUGGCUCCAACACUGGACUUGUGUCCAUCGCCAUCACGCUGAAGCCAGCAGCUGCUGAGAACAUCACUGACGUUGUUGCAGCCAUUGCUGACCUGAUCCGUGUGAAGAUCCCCAGCAGCUACGAGGUCAGCAGCGGCCCGGGGGGAACUAUGGGAGCCAUCAAGACCUCAGUGGAUCCACAGCGUCUGACCUCUGCCCUUCACGAGCAGAAUGGACUGCGGGCCACACAGCAAGCACCCCAACACCUGCAGCUCCUGCACAACCAUACCAAAAGUCUUGUUGGCGGUAGAGCGCAGAAUAAGAAGAUACAGGAAAGCCAAGGACCGAAGCAACAAUGGUGUCAACACUGUAAAGUGGUUGUCCUGGGAAAUGGUGUGAGAAAAAUUACCAAAGAUGAGCAGGGCAAACCACAGGAGUCUCAGUUAUGUUCGGAUGGUGGUUUGGUGUUCUGCAGUCACAGCUGUCUCAUUCUGCACUCAUCCUCCUCUCAGUCCAAAGGGAAUGCUGACACCAAGGCAUCUGUUGCUCUACUUCCUGAAAGUGCUCUGAAUCAGAGUCCCUCUAAAGUUCAUCACCAGUACAGCAACAAUAUGUCCUCGCUGGAUGUCCACUGCCUGGCCCAACUCCAGCCCAAACCGUCCCCUUCCUCUCUGAACCUUCACACGGCUUUCACAACAGCUGAGGCAGCUCAAGCGAUCAAGAUAGAAUCCAAACCAGAAAGAAUAUCGGAGAGCCAUCUUAAAAUGACGGUAAAGCUUAAACCAUGUUCCCAGAGCCACAUGGAAGACAAACCAUGGCAUCACGGCAAAAGGUGGAAAGGCCUGCGCUGGCGUAAGUGGACGGUACACAUCACAAUACCAAAAGUUGCCACCCAAACAUCGGAGUCAGAAGUUGAGGAGCUUUUACAGCAGCUCAACUCAUCUCUGCGGCUGUGCUCAACCACCCUCGAUCGGCGCCGAUGCUGUUUCUGCCAACAGAUAGGUGAUGGGAUGACAGAUGGCCCAGCCAGGCUGCUCAACCUAGACUUGGACACAUGGGUGCACCUCAACUGUGCCCUCUGGUCCUCCGAGGUCUACGAGACGCAAGCGGGGGCCCUGAUCAAUGUGGAAUUGGCGCGCCAACGAGGGCAAACGGUGGUUUGUGCAUUCUGUCAGCGUUUGGGUGCCACCAGUGGCUGCCACCGACUGCGUUGCCUCAAUGUUUACCAUUUCACCUGCGCCUUGCAGGCCGGCUGUAUGUUUUUCAAGGAUAAGACAAUGCUGUGCCACCAGCACCGGCCACGAGGAUCUGGUGUUGCCGCCGGGUUGCACCUAGAACAGCAACUACGCUGCUUCUCCGUGUUCCGCCGUGUCUUCGUGCAGCGAGAUGAGCUACGACAGUUAGCAGGGGCCGUGCAGCAGCCUGAACGCGGCCAUACUUUUCGAGUGGGCAGUUUGCUUUUCCAUGCAAUGGGUCAGCUGCCACCUGCCCUGCUGCCCACGUUUCAUUCGUCCAUAGCUAUCUUUCCACCUGGCUACGAGGUGAGCCGUCUCUACUGGAGCAUGCGGCACGGCCAGAAGCGCUGCCGGUACAUCUGCUCUGUGGAAGAACAUGAGGGGCGUCCCGAAUUCAGCAUCCGUGUCAUUGAGCAGGGCUACGAGGAUCUGGUGUUGACCGACACCACUGCUAAAGGUGUCUGGGACAAGGUUAUUGGGCCUGUGGCUGAGAGGAGGGCUGAGACAGGUAUGCUGAGACUCUUCCCCAUCUAUCUGAAGGGAGAGGACCUAUUUGGGCUCACCGUCUCAGCAGUUGCCCGCAUUGCUGAAUCGCUGCCAGGUGUGGAGGCGUGCUCGAGGUAUCGAUUCCGUUAUGGACGUAAUCCCAUGUUGGUGCUUCCACUGUCCAUCAAUCCAUCUGGUUGCGCUCGUUCUGAGUUGCAGACGUUCCCCCAUCAUGAGAGGCUGAAGAUCCUCUCUGUGUGGUCCAGAGCAUCUCAGUGCAUCCAGAACUCAACCGUGGUGGAGAGAGGAUCUUCUCACAGCAAGCACUUUGUGCACUCUAAGUCAUCUCAGUACCGCCGACUGACCAGUGACUGGAAGACAAACGUGUAUCUGGCUCACUCUCGCAUCCAGGGUCUUGGGCUGUUUGCAGCACGUGACAUUGAGAAGCAGACCAUGGUGAUUGAAUACAUGGGGGAUAUUCUGCGCACUGAGGUGGCCAUGAGGAGAGAGCUGCUGUACAAGGCUAAGAACCGCCCAGCGUACAUGUUCUGCAUCAGCAGCGAGCGAGUUAUCGAUGCAACCCAGUCUGGCAGCCCUGCAAGGUACAUCAAUCAUUCAUGCUCACCGAACUGUGUGGCUGAGGUUGUGACGUUCGAGCGGGGCCACAAGAUCAUCAUCAGUGCCGCCCGCAGGAUUGAGAGGGGAGAAGAGCUCUGCUACGAUUACAAGCUCACCCCAGCUGCAGAUCAGAGCAAGAUCCCAUGUCACUGUGGAGCUGCCAACUGCCGCAAGUGGAUAAACUAAACAGGAGGGACAACCACAACAGCUCUGAGGUGCCAAUGUACCAGAGGAGAUGUGCAAAGAAGAAACAGCCAAUCCUGGAAGUUGUCUGUCUAUUUUAUUUUUUUUAUGUGCAAGACUAAGAGGAAAACACAACGCGACAAUACAGCAUUGUGUGAGAGCCAUUCGUAUCAUUUCUUGACUUGAAAGGAAAAGGUUCCAUUUUGUGCAUGUGCCAUGAGUCUGUGUGUGUGUGUGUGUGUGUGUGUGUGUG